AUGGUUGUUGUUGCUGCCAAGGCUGCUGCCGUUCCAAUUGAUGAACUCAUUAAAAAACACUCGGAUGUUGAUCCAUUCCUCAUCAGAAAAUGGGAGAGAAUCUUCUCACUUUUUUUCGAUAGAAAUGCAUCUCAUCAAGUCGAUUGGGGAGAUUUCUAUUUGGUUGUGAAGAAAGUUCGUGAUAUCUAUGGAGCUGAAUCAGUUCAAACUGACUUUGCCAAGAAAUCUCUGGCUGCUCUCUGGGAAGGACUUUGUUCAAUUGCUGAUGCUGACAAAGAUCAAUUGAUUUCAAUUGAUGAAUGGAUUGGACUUUUGAAGAAGACAAAUGCUCAAACUGAACCAAAAUGGUUCAAGGAUUAUCAAAACUUUAUGUUCAAAUUGUUCGAUGUUUCGUGUGAUGGAGUCAUGGAUAUUGCUGAAUACACUGAUGGAAUGCAUACUUAUGGAUUCGAUCAGUUUGAGUGUGAUGCUGCGUUCCACAAGUUUUCAGUGGACAAGAAGGGACAAUACGUUCCACAAAUGAAACCAGAAACCUGGAAUACCUACUUCCAUCAACUCUUCUAUUCAACCAACAAAGCUGAUCUUGGAAAUCAUCUUUUCGGAAUUCUUGACUUCUAA